AUGAGAACACGAGCAGCGCCGGCGUACGCCGGUCUGCUGUCCCUCGCGGUGCAGACCGGGCGCGUAGCUGCGGAUCCGACAUGGCCGGCGGCGACAGACCACAUGGAGGAGAUUGUGUACCAACUGCAGGGCGUCGAGGGGAGCCUGUUCAACGAUAUCAUUACGCCGUGCAACAAUGAGGCGGCUGGGCCGGGGCGGGUGACGGCUAGUGAGUGGUUGAGGGUGGGGUUUCAUGAUAUGGCCCCCGCCAACCGCUACUUCGGCACGGGCGGCGUCGACGGCUCGCUGCAGUUCGAGCUCAACAACGGCGAGAACACAGGCCCCGGGCACGCCACAACGCUCCAGUUCAUGGCCAACUACUACACGUCCCGGUCCAGCCUCGCCGACCUCAUCGCCGCGGGGGUGUACGCCUCGGUCCGGUCCUGCGGCGGGCCCAUCGUACCGCUCCGCCUGGGCCGCGUCGACGCCACGCAGGCCGGCAGCGCGGGGGUACCGCAACCCCAAAACUCCAUCGUCUCCUUCCAGCAACAGUUCGACCGCAUGGGGUUCAACGCCACCGAGAUGAUCCAGCUGGUGGCGUGCGGGCACACCCUGGGCAACGUGCACAGCACCGAGUUCCCGCAGAUCGUACCCGCGGCAACGGGGCAGAUCCCCUUCGACACGAGCAACGCGGCGUACGACAACAAGGUGGCGGCCGAGUAUGUCUCCGGAAACACCAGCAACCCGCUGGUGGUUGGGUUGUCGAUCGCGUCCGGGCGCAACUCGGACUUCAAGGUGUACAACUCGGACCGCAACGUCACCAUCGCCGCGCUGGCUGCCGACCCGGCGUUGUACCGCGCGACGUGCCAGCGGGUGCUGCAGAAGAUGAUUGAGGUGGUGCCGCAGGGGGUGGUGCUGACUGCGGAUCCCAUCGCGCCGUAUGAGGUCAAGCCGGUGAAUGUGCAGUUGACGCUGAACGAGGGGGGCUCGACGUUGGCGUUGACGGGGUCGAUCCGUGUGCGCACGACUGAGGUGCCGGGGGAUUCGAUUGAUAGUGUGGUGUUGACGUGGAAGGACCGGAAUGGGGGGGAUAGUUGCGGGUCGUCGGGGUCGUGCUCGGUGUCGGCUACGCUGCAGGGGGUUGGCCAGGGGUUUGAUGAUACCUUUGGGUUCUUCCCCAUCGCGGCCACGAUCCCGACCGCAGCCGGCAUCUCGUCCUUCACCCUCACCGUGAAGCUCAAAGACGGCACCAGCAAGACCUACGACAACAACGGCCACGCCUACCCCGUCCCCGACGCCGUGAUCCUGCAGAAGCCCCAGAGCUGUCUGCUGCAGGGCAGCGGGGCGCUCACCGUGUCGGCCCUCGUGCGCAACGACCUGGCCGAUCUCCCCGUGAACCUCACCGUGACCUAUCUAACACCCCGCGGCACGGCCGACGGCAACCCCGUGCCGGCUUUGAACAAUGCCGAGAUCGUGAUGACCAAGGGAGACUGUGUUGGGAAAUACACCUUCUUCUCGGGCAGCUUUACCAUUCCCGGCGGACUGAGCUAUAACGCCAGGAUUGGUGUGACCGUUGGCGAGGGGGAGACGGCGCACACCAAGGAUUUCUUCAAGGCUAGUGAUUUCCCGGGUACGUGUGGUACUUUUACGGGGGGUGCGACCUGUGGUGGUGUGACUACUUCUUCUGCCGUGCCGUCAUCGACUACUACUACUUCGACAACUUCCGACCCUGGAUCUACCACGACCUCCACCACCAUCACAACCAGCGACCCCCCCAGCGCCACCACAACAACAUCAACAACCUCCGCCCCCACGCCCGCCGUCAAACCCACCGUCGGCGGCUACACCUUCCAAGCCUGCUGGACCGAAGGCACCGGCUCCCGCGCCCUCACCGGCGCCUCCUUCGCCUACGACACCAUGACCCUCGAGUCCUGCAUGACCAACUGCACCGCCGGCGGCUUCGACUACUUCGCCACCGAGUACGCCCGCGAAUGCUACUGCGGCAACUCCCUCCACGCCACCAGCUCCCAGGCCCCUUCCCCAGACGACUGCAACAUGCUCUGCGCGGGGGACCCGUCCGAGUUCUGCGGCGCCGGGAAUAGGCUCGAGUUGUAUUCUACUACGGCUACGCGCACGACGUCGGCUACGCCGGCGCCUACGGCGACGCUGGCGAGGAAGGAGGUGGUGGGCGGGUAUAGGUUGGUGGGGUGUCAGAAGGAGAGUUCGGUGCUGGGGGUGAGAGCGUUGAGUGGGAUGCCGGUGUUGGCGGUGGACGGGUUGACGUUGGAGGGGUGUGCGGUGUAUUGUGGGGGGUGGGAGUAUUUUGGGGCCGAGUAUGGGCGGGAGUGCUACUGCGGAAACACCAUCAACGGGGACAGCGUGCCGGCGGCCCAGGGGGACUGCAGCAUGACUUGUGCGGGGGAUCCGUUUGAGUAUUGUGGUGCUGGGGAUCGGUUGGAGUUGUAUCGGCUGGCGAGUGCCACUGCUACUGCUACUGCUACUGCUACUGCUUCUGCCACUCCUGCUUCAGGGUAA